UCAACUCUCUCUCACUCUCUAUGCAAGGCCAUUGAAGCUCCAAUGUUCUCUCUUCUUUCUAGGUCAAAUCGAUUCCUUCUUAGACCUAUUGAGAUACCCAAUUCUCUCUGCUCUCUUUUCUUCUUCAGAUUGAUCUCUUCCGAUCACGAAUCCAGUGAUGUGUCUCCUCCUUCUUCUUCUCCAUCAUCGCCACCUUCUCAAUCUCUCGUGAAAUCAGUCUGUUCAUUGGUCUAUAACUCCUAUCUUCGUCAAAACCAUGUCAUACAAUCCCCACACCGUGUCAAUCUCGACUUCGAUGCUAAUUCUCUUACCCACGAGCAAGCGAUUACUGUGGUGGCUUCACUCGCGAGCGAAUCUGGUUCGAUGGUUGCUCUUUGUUUCUUCUAUUGGGCAGUGGGUUUCGAAAAGUUCCGACAUUUCAUGAGAUUGUAUCUCGUAACUGCUGAUUCUUUGAUUGCUAAUGGGAAUUUGCAGAAAGCUCACGAGGUAAUGCGAUGUAUGCUUAGAAAUUUCUCGGAGAUUGGGAGAUUGAACGAGGCUGUUGGUAUGGUUAUGGAUAUGCAGAAUCAGGGAUUAUCACCUAGCUCGAUAACUAUGAAUUGUGUUCUUGAGAUUGCGAUUGAGUCAGGUUUGAUUGAUUAUGCAGAGAACGUGUUCGACGAAAUGUCUGUGAGAGGAGUUUGUCCGGAUUCUAGUUCUUUUAAGCUUAUGGUUAUUGGUUGUUUUAGAGAUGGUAAGAUUCAGGAAGCUGAUAGAUGGUUAAGCGGAAUGAUUCAAAGAGGAUUUAUUCCUGAUAACGCUACGUGUACCUUGAUUCUUAGUGCCUUGUGUGAGAAUGGUUUAGUAAAUAGAGCGAUUUGGUAUUUCCGGAAGAUGAUUGAUUUAGGGUUUAAGCCAAACUUGAUAAAUUUUACGUCUUUGAUUGAUGGGUUAUGCAAGAAGGGAAGUAUAAAGCAGGCUUUUGAGAUGUUAGAAGAAAUGGUUAGGAAUGGUUGGAAGCCAAAUGUGUAUACACACACGGCUUUGAUUGAUGGGCUAUGUAAAAGAGGAUGGACUGAGAAAGCGUUUAGGUUGUUCCUGAAACUCGUUCGUAGUGAUAUUUACAAACCCAAUGUGCAUACCUAUACUUCGAUGAUUGGUGGGUAUUGCAAAGAGGAUAAGCUGAACCGUGCAGAGAUGUUGUUUAGUAGAAUGAAAGAGCAGGGUUUGUUUCCUAACGUGAACACGUAUACAACACUCAUCAAUGGUCACUGUAAAGCAGGAAACUUUGAUAGAGCGUACGAGUUGAUGAAUUUGAUGGAUGAUGAAGGCUUUAGGCCGAAUAUUUAUACGUAUAAUGCAGUUAUAGACAGUCUCUGUAAAAAAUCAAGGGCACCUGAGGCAUAUGAGUUGUUGAAUAAAGCAUUUUCUUGUGGAUUAGAAGCUGAUGGAGUUACUUACACUAUUCUUAUUCAAGAACAGUGUAAGCAAAGUGACAUUAAGCAAGCUCUUGCUUUUUUCUGUCGGAUGAAUAAGACUGGUUUUGAAGCCGAUAUGCGCCUGAACAACAUACUGAUAGCUGCAUUUUGUAGGCAAAAGAAAAUGAAGGAAAGUGAGAGGCUUUUUCAGUUAGUAGUGAGUCUUGGAUUGGUUCCAACGAAGGAGACUUAUACGUCUAUGAUAAGCGGGUAUUGUAAAGAAGGCGACUUUGAUCUGGCUUUGAAAUAUUUUCACAACAUGAAGAGGCAUGGUUGUGUUCCUGAUAGCUUCACUUAUGGUUCACUAAUAAGUGGUCUCUGCAAGAAGUCCAUGGUAGAUGAAGCUUGUAAGCUUUACGAAGCGAUGAUUGACAGAGGUUUAUCUCCUCCUGAGGUAACUCGAGUCACAUUAGCAUAUGAGUAUUGUAAGAGGAAUGAUUCAGCCAGCGCAAUGAUUGUGCUUGAACCUCUAGAUAAGAAACUAUGGAUUAGAACUGUUAGGACACUUGUGAGAAAGUUGUGUAGUGAGAAGAAAGUCGGAGUGGCAGCUCUGUUCUUUCAGAAAUUGUUGGAGAAGGACAGUAGUGCUGAUCGUGUUACCUUAGCUGCUUUCACUACAGCUUGUUCUGAGUCUGGCAAAAACAAUCUUGUUGCUGAUUUGACCGAGAGAAUCUCCAGAGGAGUAGGCUAGUAGUGGUUACAUCUCCCUCAGUUGCUUUGUGCUCUCUGUUUGAAUAGCAAAUCCACUUAGUGGACCAAGAAACCGUGGAAUGUAACCGCGUUGAGGCAAGGACAUGGAAUGCUGUUGUUGCUUUCUGAAUCAUAUUGGUUUUUUAUCGCCUGAUAAGUAGAAAGACUGGAGAGUGGGAUUUCGACUAUUGUAGCCAAGACAUGGGUGUGAAUCUAUCUAUCAAGGUUUUAGAAACUGAACAACAAGACCUCUCUUUUUUGCUCUGUGGCAAUUCCACAGCCUUGAAUGGCCGAGUUAAACCUCUCUGUUGCCUUUCUUCUUGAAUUGUUUGAUCAUGUUGGUUGAGGAAGUUCUUACUGAUGUAAAAGUACAAAAAUUCUGACAAAAGAGAAGUUGGUUUUGUAAAAGUAAGUAGAAACUUUUUGUUUUUUUUAUUGCAAA